GUUGUUCUCCAGUUUCAAUCCCAGUUUCGUCACACACUCACGUAUUUAACUCGCGUAUUAAUUGGGUAGCCUUCUAAUCCAAUGCCAAUCGCUCAAACUGUGAAAAUUAGCCAUACAUUGCCAUACAAAAAAAAAAGUUCAACAAUACAUUCCAUUGUGUGAGAUUAGCAGUGUUAUCAGCCAGAACGACGAGGCUAACAAAAAUGCCACGACUUCAUUCCGUUUAUAUCCUUCUAGCUGUGGUUCUACUGCAAACCUCCAGCCGUGUUCGCUCCCAGACCGAUAACCUUAAGCUGAAACGGGAAAAUCACCGUCCACUGGAAAUUUCGCUAGCCGCAAUUGAGCAGCUGUCGAAUCUUUCGCAGAAAAGUGAACUGAACGAGAUUCUUAAGCAUCUACUGGUGGAGCGGGUCGUUGGGACGCCUGGUCAUGAAAAUGUGAAGAACUACAUUGUGGAUUACUUGAGAAAGUUGGAUUGGCACGUAGAGUUGGAUGAGUUCGAUGACGAAACGCCUACCCAUGGGAAACUGAAAUUUGCUAAUGUAAUUGCCAGCUUGAACCCUAAUGCGGAGCGAUUCCUGAUACUAGCCUGCCACUAUGAUAGCAAAUAUUUCAAGGACCAGGUGUUUAUCGGUGCAACGGAUUCGGCCGUUCCUUGUGCGAUGAUGCUGGACCUGGCAAGCUCUAUGAAGUCUCAGCUGGAUAAGAAAAUGUCGGACAACAAUUUGAGCCUUCAGCUGGUGUUCUUCGACGGAGAGGAAGCAUUCCAUCAGUGGGGACCGAAGGACUCGAUCUACGGAGCUCGCCACCUGGCGGCUCGGUGGGACAAAGAAAAUAAACUGAAUCGAAUCGAUAUGUUGAUCCUGUUGGAUUUGAUCGGAGCACCGGACCCGAGUUUUUACAGCUAUUUCAAGAAUACCGAAAGUUGGUAUGCUCAGCUGCUGACCGCCGAGGAGCGAUUGGAACGGGCGGGCCACUUGGAGCGUUACACCUACAGCAGUGUAACGCCGGACCAGCAAACGAUCCGGUACUUCCAACCGCACUCGUACAAUGCCUACAUCGAGGACGACCAUAUUCCGUUCCUGCAGAGACAGGUUCCGAUUCUGCACAUCAUUCCCAGCCCGUUCCCGGAAGUUUGGCACAAGCUUUCCGACGAUGCCAGUGCCGUCGACAUUAGCUCCGUGCAGAACCUGAUUAAAGUCUUCCGAGUGUUCAUCGCCGAGUACUUGCACCUGACUGUGUGACGAACGGGGAAGUCGACGGCAAAGCGGGAUGAGUUUAGGUAAUUCUAUUGUGUGCCGUUGCGCUAGGGUGAUGGUUGAUUUUUGUUUUUCUUUGUUUGUUUUUGCCUAUUAUUCACAUGUGUACUUUAGUAGCGGCCUUUUUGCUUAAAAAAAGCUUAAUUCUGUGCAAUUUGUCUAUGCAAUUGAGUGAAUAAUUUUAACGAAAUGUUUGUAUAAAAACGAAGUAGAUAUUUUAAGCUUACAAACGACGUAGAACUGAACUACGUAUUACAGUAGUGACCCAAUUUUGUCAGCCCCUCCGCGCAUCAGACUUUUAUCUUUCAAUAAUUUCCAGGUAAUUUCACAUAACCGUAAUUUCAAAUCUUUCUCAUUCAUCUUCAAGGUAGAUGUUUGUUCACUUUAUGACGAUUCUGAAGAUUUCCUGCAAGAAUAUGAAUCGCAAGUAGAUGCGACAAAAGAAAUUGAUUCGUUAGUGUAGGAUUUUUUUAGCUUCAACAAUUGAAAUUUAGGUGUGUCGCCGCCCUUGCUUUGUUCUACAACAAUAAUAUAUAUUUUUAGUUGAUCAUCAGUGAGAAAUACAAAUUUAUUGGCAUGCCUCAAAUUCAAAUUUCACCCAGGUGUUCCAGAUGUAUCUGUAACGUAAUAUAAAAUAUUGUUAAAAAUUACGUGCUAGGGGCAGGAGGGGCAUAGUGAGCAUUCCGCACUUUGGCUCUGGAUCUCCAGCUGCAUUAAACAAAUCAACUGGUAGUAGGAUCAAUAUCAUUAUGAUAUUGAUCCUACCAACAACCAAUUUGUUCCGAACGGCCGGAAGACCAAGCUGUGGCAUGGGAUGCUCACUAUGCCCCUCUUACCCCUAUAUCAAAUGUAUUGUACAUACAUGUUGCUGUGUAGUUUAGAAAUAGAGUUUCAUACUUGCCGCAGAAAGCAUCCAAUUAAGAAAACAAACAAAAUGUAACUGAAAAAGCGCAUGGGGUUCGAAGAACAUUAGAAAAGUUUAUUAAAAAGGGGGCUGACAAAAUCGGGCCAUUACUCUAUAUCAGACUGGCCAUCCCAAACGGAAGUGAUAAAUAAUAGAUACAUAAUGAUAGAAGUUUUCAAAUACUGUCAGUCAGUGGCACAUUUUUUUAACAUGCACAUAACUAGGUAUUCAGGGCAAUUGGUAGC